UCUUAUUAACCCCACCAUUCCCUCUUCUCAGAAUUUGAUGUCCUUCUUGUGCUCUCUAAUUCUCUCCAGCUGCACAGCAGGGUUGGUGCCUUGCUGCAACCCCCAGUUGUUUAGCGAAGAAGGGGUGGAUUGGUCUGCGAAGGGUAAUUUUAGAUUGGACACAAGGUUUCAUUUAUGGAAUUGAGAAAACUUAUUGAGGAAAUAUAUAUACAUUGGAAGAUUUCGACAAUGGCGUCCAGCUGUAGUUUGUUGACAUCCGAGAAGGUUGCUGGCACUGAAUAGAUUUAGUGUUUCAGUUGCUUCAUUGCAGGAUUACGCCAUUAGGCUCGUCGAAAGAUAUUUGACAUCAGCAAAAUGGCAUCGGGUCUAAAUUCAGGACUGUCCAAGAAAACAUUUGUUUUUGGUUUGAAAUUGUGGGUGUUAAUGGGGAUAACAGUUGGUUUGUUCAUUGUGAUAAUUCUUGUGGUGUUAGUAUGUCUUACUUCACGAAAGCGAUCCAAAAGUGUCAAUGGCAAGAUUCCCUUUAGCCACAUGCUAUCAAUUUCGGAAGAGAUCAAAGAGAUUAGAGUUGAUCAAGUUUCAGCUAAUAACCAUAUGCAGAGUGGUGCUUUCAUGAGUCUGAAUGACAAAUUUAGUGACAGGGAUUCUGAGAAGGUUUUGAUCCAAACAAAAAAUGGGGAUACUAGCAGUCAAUCAGGUUCAUUUAAUCAUAUGGACAAAGAUGCUGCUGGUUCUCAAUCUGGCGAAGAAAGUGGUGCUAUGACCAUUUCUGCCUACAGGUCAUCUUUGCAUCCUAUAACUGCACCAUCACCAUUGUCUGGUCUGCCUGAGUUCUCUCACCUUGGCUGGGGGUACUGGUUUACAUUGAGGGACCUAGAACUUGCAACAAAAAGGUUUUCAAGAGACAAUGUUAUUGGUGAAGGUGGAUAUGGAAUUGUUUAUCGUGGUCAGCUAAUUAAUGGGAACCCAGUGGCUGUUAAGAAGCUGCUCAAUAAUUUAGGACAAGCUGAAAAGGAAUUUAGAGUGGAGGUUGAGGCUAUUGGUCAUGUGCGCCAUAAAAACUUGGUUCGACUUCUGGGUUAUUGCAUUGAAGGGACUCACAGGUUGCUGGUUUAUGAAUACGUUAACAAUGGCAAUCUAGAGCAAUGGCUUCAUGGAGCUAUGCGGCAAUAUGGGUAUCUAACUUGGGAUGCACGAAUGAAAGUUUUGCUUGGCACUGCUAAAGCGCUGGCCUACUUGCAUGAAGCAAUUGAACCUAAAGUGGUGCAUCGGGACAUUAAGUCAAGCAAUAUUCUAAUUGAUGAUGACUUCAAUGCCAAAAUAUCUGACUUUGGGCUCGCUAAGUUGCUUGGCGCUGGUAAAAGUCAUAUUACAACUAGAGUAAUGGGUACUUUUGGAUACGUGGCUCCUGAAUAUGCCAAUUCUGGCUUGCUAAAUGAAAAGAGUGAUGUUUAUAGUUUUGGGGUAUUACUUCUUGAAGCAAUUACUGGUAGGGACCCAGUGGAUUAUGGUCGACCAGCAGCUGAGGUAAAUUUGGUAGAUUGGCUCAAAAUGAUGGUAGGGAGUAGGCGUUCAGAAGAGGUGGUGGACCCCAACAUUGAGACUAGGCCAUCAACAAGCGCCCUUAAACGAGCCCUCUUGACUGCUUUGAGGUGCGUUGAUCCUGAUGCUGAGAAAAGACCGAAGAUGAGUCAAGUUGUCCGUAUGCUUGAAUCGGAAGAAUAUCCCAUACCAAGAGAGGAUCGAAGACGCCGAAGAAGUCAGGCAGGAAACUUAGAGGGGCAGGAGCAGAGGGAGACUUCUGAUACAGAGAAGAGUGACAAUCCAGAUUACAGGUCCAAUGGCAGAAUGAAGCAACAGAGUUAGAGGCAGGCUGUGGUGUUCAAAUUCCAGGAUUGAAGGGCAAUUUUCGCAUUCUUUAGGCUUCUAUGAGCUGUGAUGCCAGCCACAUUUAAUGACAAAGACAGCAGAAAAUAGUUGGUCUGUAGAUUGUUAAAAUACUUACGUGUUAUAGCGUAGCUGUAGUGUAGUCUGUAGAUGUCAGGACGUGGGAUUUUGUACUCUCCUGCACUUUUGUGUACAGUCUCUUGCAUGAUUUCAUUUGUUCCCAUCACAUAUUAGGAGGACGAGACAGUUUGUGAAGCAAAAAGGAAAAAGCAUGUGGUGACUGUCUUUUAUUUUAUUUUUGUUUUCAAAGGACUGUAUUCUAAUUACCGCAGUGAAGGGGGUUUUUUGUGGUGACAUUUUCGAGAAGCUCGGCAAGCCUUAAUUUGGAAUUUAGACUGCCACGGAAU